AUGGGCGUACUUGAUUUUCACAAAGAAGAAACAGAAAAUGCUGUUGGCAUGCAGUGCCUUACUAAAAGAGAAAUGCUGUUGGCAUGCAGUGCCUUACUAAAAGAGAAAAAAGACUUAACCAAUGGCUCAUAUGAUGAUAUCCUAAAUGCUGAACAACUUCAGAAACUCCUUUACCUGCUUGAGUCUACUGAGGAUCCUGUCAUUAUCGAAAGAGCUUUGGUCACUCUGGGUAACAAUGCAGCCUUUUCAGUCAACCAAGUCACGAUUCGUGAAUUGGGUGGUAUUCCAAUCAUUGGAAGCAAAAUCAACAAUCCCAACCAGAGUAUUAAAGAGAAAGCUUUAAAUGCACUGAAUAACCUGAGUGUGAAUGUUGAAAAUCAAAUAAAGAUAAAGGUGUACGUCAGUCAAGUCUCUGAGGAUGUCUUCUCUGGCCCCCUGAACUCCGCUGUGCAGCUGGCCGGACUGAGGUUGUUAACAAACAUGACAGUGACCAAUGACCACCAGCACAUGCUUAGCAGUUACAUUACAGACCUGUUCCACUUGUUGCUCACGGGAAACGGAAGCACCAAGGUUCAAGUUUUAAAACUGCUUUUGAAUUUGUCGGAAAAUCCAGCCAUGACAGAUGGACUCCUUGGUGCCAAAGUGGAUUCAUCAUUCCUUUCCCUUUAUGAUGGCCAUGUAGCAAAGGAGAUUCUUCUUCGAGUUCUCACACUGUUUCAGAAUAUAACUACCUGCCUCGAAAAGGAAGGCCGUUUAGCUAUUCAGCCAACUUUCACUGAAGGUUCACUGUUUUACCUGUUAUAUGGAGAAGAAUGUGCCCAGAAAAUGAGAGCUUUAGUUUAUCACCAUGAUGCAGAUGUGAAGGAAAAGGUAACAAUGAUACCAAAAUUCUAA